UGGCAAUCUGAGACUCAAACAUUCCAUACAGUACACAAUUGCGUCUAUUUAUGGCUUGGAACGGUGCAAACUCGGAAGGUGUAACGAGCUCCACCAAUCAGCGCGUCGACAGGGGUGAAGGGGCCCGGCCAUCAAUUGAACAACAGGAGCUCUCCUAUUCACUUCGCGCGACCAGUUAUCAACGCGCCUCUUUCCACUGUGGUCUCCAUAUUCAAAGCUCUUCCUAGACCUUGUACCCAGCCGCAACCGUCGCUUACUGUAGCUUAAUUGCUCAUAUCGGUCCUGUUGGAGCUGUUCCUAGGAGCUACACAAUCAUGCCUGGAGUUCCCCCUGACGCGCUGGCUCAAGUGAAGAAGGCCUUCAAAGGCCUCUUCCGCAGCAAGAAGGACAAGGCAAAGAAGGACGAGCAGAAACCUACCCCCACGGCCAACGACGACGCCACGAAGGCGAGCGAGACCGCUCCCGCUGCGCCCGCUCCAGCUACCGCUCCCGCACCCGCACCCGCACCAGCGAAGCCUGAAGCCGCUCCUCAAGCUGCCCCUGCAGCAGAAGGUGCUGCACCAGUUGAGGCGAAGAAGGAAGAGGCGCCGACAACUGUGGUGAAGGAGGCGACAGCGACUCCUGAGCCGGCCGGUGCUGCUGCACCUGCACCCCCCACUGCGACGUCUCCCCCUCCUACGACAACUACUGAAGCCACCGAGCAGAAGCCAACUCAACCCGAGGUUCCAGCUGUCCCGACCUCGACUCCCGCUCCAGGCAUGAGCGCCACGAGUGGCCCAUUGGCGGAGCCUAACUUUGACUCCGAGCCUGCGAAGCAAGAGCCCGCUGCUCCGGCUGCCGCCGCGACUCCCGCCGCAACUCCCGCCGCGGCUGAGCCCACUCCUGUUGAGAAGAAGUAGUGCUGCGAGCGAGAUCAGUGAACAUCUCCUUAUGGUGGAAGUGCUAUCCUCUUUCGCUGUCACGGCGAGGGUCCACGGUCUCUCUACAGAGAUGCAGUGUGCAUAUAUGUCCUUUGAUUCUGCCUUGCCUCCAGUCUCCUUUCCUAUUUAUACCCCUCAUACUGUGUAAUCUAGUGAGCGACAGUGCGGACUUGUUUGGAAGGGCAUACGUGGAGCGAUAUCAAGUGUUCUGCUUUUUCGCCAUGUAAAGGUGACCGUGAUGCUCUGGUCAGAUA